GUUCUCCGCCGCACUGAGAAGGGGGCCGUCCCUGUUAGCGGAUCUCUGCCCGAGGAAGGCCCACCUAUAGUGAUCAUCUGAAGAUAUCUAAGGCGAUAGUUUAACUUGAGCGCGCCACCUGAUCAUAAGGGGACAACUUCAAGACUAUUUGUAAAUAGUAGCUCGGCCAAGAUGGAUGUGUUUAUGAAGGGUUUGUCUAAAGCAAAAGAAGGGAUGGCUGUGGCUGCGGAAAAGACCAAGGAGGGAGUUGCAGUGGCUGCCGAAAAGACAAAAGAGGGAGUUAUGUUUGUAGGUAGCAAGGCGAAAGACAGUGUGGGGACAGUGGCUGAGAAGACCACUGGAGCUGUCGGCAACAUCGUCGCCGCCACCGGCCUGGGGAAGAAGGACGAGUUUCCAACUGACAUGAAUCCUGAGGAGUAUGGGCAGGAAGCCAUGGAGGGCCAGGGAGAGGGGAUGCUGGAGCCAGAAGGGGAGACAUAUGAUGAGACCCAGCAGGUAAGUCAGGAUUAUGAGCCAGAGGCGUAAACUCAUCCAUCUGAGUCAUCCUCCAACCAGCAGCACAAUAAGAUUUCUAAUAAUAAUAAAGGACAAAGGCUGAAGCUAUAACAAUUAUAUCCCUGUUGCAAAAAACAACAACAAAAAGUCAAGCAUUCCCACUGAAAAAUGUUCUUCCUUCAAGACAAAUCUUUUAAUAUUAUUAAUAUAUAGUGUAAAAUGUCAUGUUAUUCACGUAACGUGUUGGCUGUAGGUAUUUAUUGAGAUGUAGGAUCCGUCCUCUCGGUCUCAUUUCUUUGAUUCCCUCCCAAUGAAAUGAGACCAGAGCCAGGGCCUGUGACUUUGUACGUGUGUGUAUCUGUAUUAAGAAAUGUGCAAUAGAUGUUUAUUAUCUUCCAAUGUCAAAUUGGGAGGAAAAAAAAUAUAACUCUGUGGCCGGUUGCAAGCAGAUACGAAUAUCCUUUUAAGUGUCAACAAUGCCUGUGUGUUUUCUUUCUUUUUUGCACUUUCUUCAGAGAUUUGUUUUUAAAGUAAGAGUUUUUUACAUUGUAUCUUUAUAGUUGCUCGUGAAAUCAUUCCAGUAUAUUAUCUGUUAGAGAUUGACAGAUUAUACACGUUUGUGUGUGCGUGUGUGUGUUUGUGUGUACUGAAGAUUUUAACAGUUGAUAUAUUAUGUCAUAAUGGUUGUCAUAUCAAUGUGUGCUUUAAACUGCAGGACUUGUUAUUAAAAAGGUUUAAGUGUUAAGCCAAACAUGCAAAUCCUCUGUAAAUACAAUAAAUUUAAAAAGAAA